AUGAACACACAAUCGGCUGAUGGACGAGUAUCUGCGGCCAGUUUAACGGAAGCUGACCAGGCGACGGAGGUGGUUAUAGGUACGUUCACCAUCCAUUCUAUAGCUGUUAAUGUAUUGUUUGAUUCGAGUGCAACUUGUUCAUUUCUUGCAAAGAGUAAAGUAGAAGAAUUGAAUUUAGAAAUAUUUGAAACAAUAUCAUAUACCGUGGUUGUUCCUUUUGGGAAGUUAUAUAGUUGUGAUAGGUUGUAUAAGUAUGUACCUUUGAUGAUAGGGAAUGUUGUCUAUCCUAGUACUUUAGAGCAGAGAGUGCUGUUGGUAGGACCACUCAGGGAAAACAUUAGGUAUAGAAAAUAUUCCAAGAGGCCUAAAAUGAACUUAGUGUCGACCUUGGAGUUGCAAAGACUUGUGAGAAAAGGACAUCCUUUGUACUUGUGCUACAUCAGUCAAGAGGGGAAGAAGGGGGUAGAUCCUAAUGAUAUCGCUGUGGUGAAUGAGUUUGUAGACGUUUUUUCUGAUGAAAUUCCUGGCAUGCCACCUCAACGAGGAAUUGAUUUCACGAUAGACUUGGUGCCUAGAACGAGACCAAUUUCAAAGGUCCCGUAUCGCAUUGUCCCAAAGGAGAUGGGGAAUUGA